GCUUCUGGGUCGCGGUGGGAAAGGCGCUCCGAUCGCGGCGCCUUUGCGAGCCCGAGAGUCCAGCGCUAGAGCGACCCAGCGAGGGAUGGCGACCACCGGGACCGCGGCCGCUGCGGCCACGGGCAAGCUGCUCCUCGUGCUGCUGCUUGGGCUCUCGGCGCCCGCUGCGGCGCUGGCCGGCUACAUCGAGGCUCUUGCAGCCAAUGCUGGGACAGGAUUUGCUGUUGCUGAGCCUCAGAUUGCAAUGUUUUGUGGGAAGUUGAACAUGCAUGUGAACAUUCAGACUGGGAAAUGGGAACCUGACCCAACAGGUACCAAGAGCUGCUUUGGAACAAAAGAAGAAGUUCUACAGUACUGUCAGGAGAUGUAUCCAGAGCUGCAGAUCACAAAUGUGAUGGAAGCAAACCAGCCAGUCAGUAUUGACAGUUGGUGCCGGAGAGACAAAAAGCAAUGCAAGAGUCACAUUGUCAUACCUUUCAAAUGUCUUGUGGGUGAAUUUGUAAGUGAUGUUCUGCUAGUUCCGGAAAAGUGCCAGUUUUUCCACAAAGAGCGGAUGGAGGUGUGUGAGAACCACCAGCACUGGCACACUGUAGUCAAAGAGGCCUGUCUGACUCAGGGAAUGACUUUGUAUAGCUAUGGCAUGCUGCUGCCCUGUGGGGUAGACCAGUUCCAUGGCACUGAGUAUGUGUGCUGCCCUCAGACAAAGAUUAUUGAUUUUAUUAACUCUGCUGUGUCAAAAGAGGAGGAGGAGGAGGAGGAGGAAGAUGAGGAUGAUGAAGAGGAAGAUGAUCUUUAUAAAAGUGAAUUCCCUACUGAAGCAGAUUUGGAAGACUUCACAGAAGCAGCUGUGGAGGAUGAGGAAGAGGAAGGAGAGGAAGUUGUGGAAGACCGUGAUUACUAUUACGACAACUUUAAAGGAGAUGACUACAAUGAAGAGAAUCCGACUGAACCCAGCAGUGAUGGAACUAUUUCAGACAAGGAAAUUGCUCAUGAUGUUAAAGCUGUCUGCUCCCAGGAGGCGAUGACGGGGCCCUGCCGGGCUGUGAUGCCUCGUUGGUACUUCGACCUCUCCAAGGGAAAGUGCGUGCGCUUUAUAUAUGGCGGCUGCGGCGGCAACAGGAACAAUUUUGAGUCUGAGGAUUAUUGUAUGGCUGUGUGUAAAGCGAUGAUUCCUCCAACUCCUCUGCCAACCAAUGAUGUUGAUGUGUAUUUUGAGACCUCAGCGGAUGAUAACGAGCAUGCUCGCUUCCAGAAGGCUAAGGAGCAGCUGGAAAUUCGUCACCGUAACCGAAUGGACAGGGUAAAGAAGGAAUGGGAAGAGGCAGAGCUUCAAGCCAAGAACCUCCCCAAAGCAGAGAGGCAGACCCUCAUUCAGCAUUUCCAGGCUAUGGUUAAAGCUUUAGAGAAAGAAGCAGCCAGUGAGAAACAGCAGCUGGUGGAAACUCACCUGGCUCGAGUGGAGGCCAUGCUGAAUGAUCGCCGCCGGAUGGCUCUGGAGAAUUACCUGGCUGCUUUGCAGUCUGACCCACCUCGGCCUCAUCGUAUUCUCCAGGCCUUGCGGAGGUACGUCCGUGCUGAGAACAAAGAUCGCCUGCAUACCAUUCGUCAUUACCAACACGUGCUGGCUGUUGACCCAGAAAAGGCUGCCCAAAUGAAAUCCCAGGUGAUGACACAUCUCCAUGUGAUUGAAGAAAGGAGGAACCAAAGCCUCUCUCUGCUCUACAAAGUUCCUUAUGUGGCCCAAGAAAUCCAAGCGGAAAUUGAUGAGCUCCUUCAGGAACAGAGAGCAGACAUGGACCAGUUCACUGCCUCCAUCUCAGAGAGCCCUGUGGACGUUCGGGUGAGCUCUGAGGAGAGUGAGGAGAUCCCGCCGUUCCACCCCUUCCACCCCUUCCCAUCCUUAGCUGAGAAUGAAGACACUCAGCCGGAGUUGUACCACCCAAUGAAAAAAGGAUCCGGAGUAGGAGAGCAAGAUGGAGGACUAAUUGGUGCAGAAGAAAAAGUGAUCAACAGUAAGAAUAAAGUGGAUGAAAAUAUGGUCAUUGAUGAGACUUUGGACGUUAAGGAAAUGAUUUUUAAUGCUGAGAGAGUUGGAGGCCUUGAGGAAGAGCCGGAAUCCAUGGGACCUCUGAGGGAUGACUUCAGUUUGAGCAGCAGUGCCCUUAUUGGCCUGCUGGUCAUUGCAGUGGCCAUUGCCACAGUCAUUGUCAUCAGCUUGGUGAUGCUGAGGAAGAGGCAAUAUGGCACCAUCAGCCAUGGGAUUGUGGAGGUUGACCCAAUGCUCACCCCAGAAGAACGUCACCUGAACAAGAUGCAGAACCAUGGUUAUGAAAACCCAACCUACAAAUACCUAGAGCAGAUGCAGAUUUAAGUGUAGGAAGCAUGUGGCACCCUGGUUGGAGGUGGUGCAGGUAAACCAGAAGAUGUCCAGCGUUUGGGACCGACUGCUGACCACCAAUUGCUGCCAGAAGGUCUCCCCUUACAUCUUGACCUCCUGGAUUGUUAAGACUAUAUAAAGUACUACUGUAGGAUUGCAGUUUCCAUUCUUUUAAAUGGGUGAAAAAUGUUAAUAUAACAAUAUAUAUAUAAUCCUUAAGUGAAAUGAAAAAAGAUCUAUUGCAGAUAUCUGACAGAUGUAGUUUCCUUUUUUAAAUUAAUUAGAAAUGCCACUUCUGUUAUAUUGUCUCACACACAUUCUAUUUACACAAAAUGUUGAUCUUCAAUGAUAGACUAUAUAUGCAGGCUGCUCCAAUUACAUUGUAUAAGUCAGUUCUCAUUUGCUGUCAUUUUAAUUUUUAAAAAAAGUAAAAAGGCAGUAUUCCUUUUAAACUUUGAGAAAGAUGCUGAGAAACUUAAGUGGAAGAGGGAACUAUAAUUAACCACUGAAGAACAUCUUGACACACUCACUAAAUGAUAUUAAAGGACCAGUUUCCCAGAAGCCCAGUGUUUCCCUUGGUAGGCCUCAGCCCUGUCACCAAAUGGAGGUGAAAGCAUUUUGUUCCUGCAUCUUCAGUGAGCCGAAUGCAUACAGAUGAGGGUGUCACUGCUGCUUUCCCUGAAAUCCAGUUCUUCCACAGCAACUAGCCUGUAGUGGUAUGUGCUGUUUUUCCACUAUGUGUUGUUUACUGUAGCUUUUUAUUACCCACUUCCCUUUCCAGGUAUGUCCAAAUGUGCACUCUCUUGCUCUUUGGACAUCUCUCUCCAAAGCACUGGCCCCCCAUCUUCCCUUUGUACCUCACUUCCACCCCCACUCUUCUCAGUAGCCUCAUUGCUGUUCAUUCAGAGAUGACCACAAUAAGUAGGCAGCUGAGGACCCAGGAGACUAAAUAAAUGGGAGGAUUCUUUAUAUGAAAGAAGAAUGUUCUAGGUUGUACAUUAAACUGGAUCUAUAGACACUGUGGAAAUCUUUGAAGAUUUUUGUUUCCUUCACAUAAGUCUUUGUAAUGCUUGUGUAGUUAUUUUUGCUCACAAUUUUUUUUUGGGGGGGGUGGGGAGGUUGGUUGUUUUAAUCUGAAGGUUCUGGUAACCUGUGAUUUUUUUUUUUUUUUUAAUUUUUAUUUUCUGUGACGCCCUUCUCCCAUCCUCCUCCUUUGGCCCUAGCCAUGCCUCUUCCCACUAUGCACAGAUUAAAGUUCACCUGCAGACUCCUUAAUGUGAUCUGUGGAGAAUGUACAGAAUUUAAACACAUCAAUAAAUAAUUCAACUUCCACUGA